AUGGCCGCCAACACCACCACGCUCCGUCUCGGCUCCAAGGCCCCCGACUUCACUGCCGACAGCAACGUCGGCAAGAUUGAAUUCCACAAGUACAUCGAGGGCAGCUGGGCCAUCCUCUUCUCGCACCCGCAGGACUUCACGCCCGUGUGCACCACGGAGCUCGGCGCCUUUGCCAAGCUCGAGCCCGACUUCACCAAGCGCGGCGUCAAGCUGCUCGGUCUGUCGGCCGACACCACCGACAGCCACGCCACCUGGAUCAAGGACAUUGCAGAGGUCACGGGCGGAAACGUCAAGUUCCCCAUCCUUGCCGACCCCGACCGUGUCGUGUCCAACCUGUACGACAUGAUCGACUACCAGGACCCCACCAACAUCGAUAGAAACUCCCUCCCCUUGACCAUCCGAUCCGUCUUUUUCAUUGACCCCAAGAAGACCAUCCGCACCAUCCUCUCCUACCCUGCCUCCACCGGCCGCAACGCCGCCGAGGUGCUGCGCAUCGUCGACUCCCUCCAGGCCGGCGACAAGCACAAGAUCGCCACCCCCAUCGACUGGCAGCCCGGCCAGGACGUCAUUGUCGCCAACAGCGUCAAGGACCCCGAGGCCAAGGAGCUGUUCCCCAACCUCCGCAUCAUCAAGCCCUACCUCCGAUACACUGCUCUCCCCAAGGCUUAA